ACUCCAAGAGGCGCACUGGGCAUCUGCGCCUCCUCGCGUCGCCCCACCUCUUCGAAGCGGUGGUCCCCAACUCGCGACGGGAAUUGUGUAAAACUGUCGGGGUGUGAGUGGGAGGCAGCAGGACACCCGCGGGUCCUCCAGCCCCACGCCCCGGGGUGCAGCUGUGGGCAGUGCACUGGCCUGGGGCGCUCCUUGCCAGCACUCUCCGGGAUGGAGCAGUCCCAGGGUGACAGCGCAGAUCUUGGUGCCAGCAGCCGAGCUCACCUGGCCCCGGGGCUGGUGGUGACGGCCCCUCCGCCCGGGUCCCCCGCCGUGCCCGUCCCCUCGGGGAUCCCGGUUCCCCCAACUUUCCUGCGGCCGCCCAGCCUCUUUCUGCGCGCAGCCGCCGCGGUCACCACGGGAAGCGGGGGCUGCCCGCCCGCUCCCGGGCUGGAGAGAGGGGUGGGUGUGGUGGGCUGCGGCUACCCGCGGACACCCAAGUGCGCCCGUUGUCGGAACCACGGUGUGGUGUCUGCGCUCAAGGGCCACAAGCGCUUCUGCCGCUGGCGGGACUGUGCCUGUGCCAAGUGCACCCUGAUCGCGGAGCGCCAGCGCGUCAUGGCUGCCCAGGUGGCGCUGCGCAGGCAGCAGGCCCAGGAGGAGAGCGAGGCCCGGGGGCUGCAGAGGCUCCUGUACUCGCCCGGGGGUCGUGCGCCCAGAGGCAGCAGGACCGAGAAUCCUCAGGCUUCCAGCGGCCCCGCAGCUGCAGUGACCGCCCUGGGACUCAGUGCCUUGAGGCCGUCGAGUGGUCUGGCGACCCCUGCUUUCGAAGUUUUCCAGCCUGAUUAUACUGAAGAAAAACAAGAACAAAAAGAGAGUAAAUGUGACUCAUGCCAGAGUAUACAAGAAGAAUUAGUCUCCAAAUCACAUCAACUCACCCUGGGAUCAUCUUCUGAGUCUAAUGGUAUCAUUGGAAAACAAAAUGUCAGGUCGUCUAUCUCAGAAAACUCAAACAAGGAGGACAGCAUUCUGUCUUCUCACCCUGGGGAGCAGUCAGGAGGUGAAGAGAGUCCCAGGUCCUUAUCAUCCUCUGAUCUGGAGUCAGGAAAUGAGAGUGAAUGGGCCAAAGACUUCACAGCCACCAGAGGCAGCCUUCCCACGGCAUCCUCAAGACCAAGAGACCCUCUUGAUAUUCUUACCAAGAUUUUCCCAAGUUAUAGGCGCAGCCGGCUAGAAGGCAUUCUGCAGCUCUGCAAAGGGGAUGUGGUCCAAGCCAUUGAACAGAUUCUAAAUGGCAGGGAGCACAAACCAGGCUCCAGGGACCUACCAAGCUCAGGAGAACUGGAAAAUACAGCUUUUCAGAGAGUUUCAAAUUUUAGUUUUGCUGGAAUUGGUUUUGGAACUCUAGGGACUAAAUCAGCCUUUUCUCCUCUGCGAACCACUUCAACUUCUUAUGGAGGUGAUUCAAGUCUGUACAGCUUAAAUCCUAGACUAGGUAUCAGUCCGUUACGGCUAGCAUAUUCUUCUCCAGGAAGAGGGCUAUCUGGUUUCAUAUCUCCUUACCUAACUCCUGGGUUGGUACCAGCUUUGCCUUUUCGGCCAGCUUUGGAUUAUGCCUUUUCAGGGAUGAUUAGGGAUUCUUCCUACCUUCCCAGUAAAGACUCACUAAUUGGUGGCAGACUAUAUUCCAUACCAAAUCAGGACAAUCUGUAAUGUAUCUGCCCACUCUCCCUUCCUGGAAUAUUAUUAGAAGCAUGCAAUCCCCUCUCCCUAUGCUCUCACCCCCACAUCUUUUCAUGUGGUUCACAGUAUAUGUGAGUGAUUUAUUAGGCCUUCAAAAAUGUUAUAUUUUUCCAAACAAUAUAUUGGGUUUGCGAUCUGAAUACUCUUAGCGUUUAUUAAAUGAAAGAAACAUUUUAAUAUUUUAUGUGCCUCGAAUAAAGCUAUUUCUG